AUGAGUUCCUGGUUCUUCUUAUCUGUCGUUGUUAUCUCCAUAUUCUCAAUAUUACUGAGUAUUUACGUGCAUAAACCUGAUUUCCCACCUCUGGAAAUCGAUCCGGAUGACUAUUGGAAAUUGGAUGACCCCAAGAAAGAUGAUGACCAAGUGUACUCGUUUUCGAUUGAUGUCAAGGAGGAGGAAAUUCAAAAGUUCAAAAAUCACCUAAAAUCUGAAAAAUUCUUGCCAACCCUCCAUGACACAACGUACGAUACCUACCUCAACGAGCUGAAACAAGUGCUCCUCGGGUUCGAUUGGAAGCAACAUCAACACUUCCUUAACACCUUUAAGCAGUAUAAAACUGAAAUUGAAGGGCUGAAAAUUCAUUUUCUAAGAGUGUCUACGCCUCCGAAAGAUAAGAAAACCAGAGUGGUACCUUUACUGAUUCUUCAUGGAUUUCCAGGAAGCUUUUGGGAUUUCUUUAAGGUCAUCCCAAUCCUAACUAAUCCAACGCGACAUGGAUUCGACUUUGGUGUUGAGGAACCUAUUCAAUUUGAUGUGAUCGUUCCGAGUCUUCCUGGCUUCUUGUUCUCCGAUAAACCAGCGAAACCUGGAUUCGAUGCGAUCGCUACCGCCAGAAUCCUCGGGAAACUUAUGAAUCGAUUGGAUCUUACUCAAUAUUUUGUGCAUGGCACCGAGGGAUACGGUAGUGAUUUGGCGACUCUGUUGGCGUCUUUGUAUCCGUUGAGAGUUGCUGGAUUACAUGUGUCGAAUCCGUUUGUGAGACCCACGUUUUCUACUUUUACUCUGGCAAAAUAUGCGUGGAAGGCGAUGGGAAAAGAUGACGAGGAAAAGGGGGAAGAAAAGGAUCCACAUACGGAUAUGGCGGACUAUUUCAAGCAGGACAAGUUUACAUAUCCAACGAAUGCACAGGCUUUUGCCACCGCCUUCGCCAACUCCCCAUCUGGAACCGCCAAAUACAUAGAAUCCCGUUGGCGCCAACUCUCCACAUUCUCCGCUUCCACCAACCUCAACGAACUCUUCACUCUCGACGAGAUCUCCACUGAAAUCUAUCUCUACUGGCUGACACAAACUCUCCCAUCUGCUCUGACCAUUCUUGACAACAGCUACAACUACGAAACAGUCUGGUUGAGUUCUCAAGCCAGGGUCCCCACUGCAGUCAGCUACUCAAAACAGACACCUUGGAGGUGUUCCAGGGAUCUUUUGGAAGAUAGGUAUCUGAACUUGACAAGAGUUUCAGAACUUCCAAAGGGUGGGAUGUUUCAUCACCUUCAGGAUGGACAUAAGAUCGCUGAAGAUAUUUUUGCAUUUGUUGAAUUGGAAUUGUUGAAUAAGAAGUGA